AUGGGCUCCGUGCUGCCCGCCGAAGCUUUGGCCCUCAAGUCUGGAUUUAAGUGUCCGGCCCGAGCGGCGCUGUCGGACGUGAUCACGUCGGACGUCCUGCACAGCUUCCUGUACGGCCGCUGGAGGAACGUCCUGCAGGGGGGCGAGCACCUGCAGGCCGCCGACGGCUGCACCAGGACCGCCUUCACCGCCGAAGUGCUGGCGCAGUCCUUUGCUGGAGAGGUGCAGAAGUUGUCCAGCCUGGUGCUCCCCACCGAGGUAAUCAUCGCGCAGAGCUCCAUCCCAGGAGAAGGUCUGGGAAUCUUCUCCAAGACCUGGAUCAAGGCCGGUACCGAGAUGGGCCCCUUCACGGGCAAAGUCCUGUCCCCGGAACACGUGGACCUGCUCAAGAACAACAACUUGAUGUGGGAGGUGUUUAACGAGGAUGGCACUGUCAGGUACUUCAUCGAUGCCAGCCAGGAGGACCAACGCAGCUGGAUGACUUAUAUCAAGUGCGCCCGCAACGAGCAGGAACAGAACCUGGAAGUGGUCCAGAUCGGCAGCAGCAUCUAUUACAAGGCCGUGGAGACUAUCCCACCAGACCAGGAGCUGCUGGUGUGGUAUGGAAACACUCACAACACAUUCCUGGGCAUCCCCGGAGUGCCGGGAACAGACGAAGAGCAGCAGCAGCAGCAGCAGCAGAAGAAGAACAGAAAUGAUGACUUGCAAUCCUGCGAGUUCUCGUGCUCGCCGCCCUCUUCCUCCUCCUCCUCCUCCUCCUCCUCCUCCUCUUGCUCCUCCUCCUCCUCCGCUUGCACGGCCGGGCUCCUCACUUCAGGGCGCAUGCGCUGCGUCAUCUGCCACCGCGGCUUCAACUCGCGCAGCAACCUGCGCUCGCACAUGCGCAUCCACACGCUGGACAAGCCGUUCGUGUGCCGCUUCUGCAACCGCCGCUUCAGCCAGUCGUCCACGCUACGCAACCACGUCCGCCUCCACACCGGCGAGCGGCCCUACAAGUGUCACGUGUGCCAGAGCGCCUACUCGCAGCUGGCUGGGCUCCGCGCGCACCAGAAGAGCGCACGCCACAAGCCCGCCUUGGCCCCGGUCCCCGAGGCUACUGCGCAGGCGUCGCCGCCUCUUCCUCCUCCUCCUCCUGCCGCCGUCCAGCAAAUGGCGCCCGCGGUCCGCCACCACCACCAUCACAUUCCGAUGGUACACCACAUUCCCGCCUUGGUGCUCUGACAAGUAAGACAACACCAAAGAUGCACUUUAGCGAAGAGCUCGAGUGGAGAGGAGGCGCCACGCGUUCCAUUUAUGUGUUAACAAAGGGGGGGGGAAAAUCCUGAGACAACUCACCUAGCACGUGACCAAAGACUUGGAGGAAAAACAUUACGUGAUUGAAACAUCCAGAAACAGUCGUGAGAUACACACAGGGGUCACCAACCUUUUUGAAACAGAGCUACUUCUUUGCUACCGAUGAAUGCAAAGCGCUAACAGUUAGAUACACACCUCUGAAAUAACACAUUUACUCAAUUUGCUUUGAAUUAUGUUAUUAUUAAAAAUAUUCAUCUUGGUGAAUAAACUGAUCAUGUUAAUGAGUUCUCACAAUAAUAAUGAACAAUGAUUUAACAAGGUGGGAAGCAGAGAAAUAUCAAUAAGCAAAACUUUAUUCCCAUAAAUCUUGAAAGUUCUUACAGUUUCAAAGGAGCAUUUUACAACUUUUCUAGGAAAUCACAAUGUGCCAUCAAUUAAGUUAUUUUUAGCACAGGCCCGCGGGCUACGCAUGUGCUCCUUCGGAGCCCACGGGCACCGUGUUGGUGACCCCUGCGCCACGUGAUUGAAACAUCACGCCAAUCUGCGUGAACUCACACGUCAGGUGGUCGAGACUUCUCUCCCAUACGCUUCACUGAAUUUUAUUUAUAUAGCACUUUUCACAGAGCGGAGUCGCCAAGUGCUUCACAUAGUUAAAAUACAGUCAUACAUAAAGUACAUAAAAUACAGAGGCAAAAUGCAAAAAAAAAUAAAAUAGCUAACUGUAAAAUCGCCUGGCACGUGACCCAAAGACUUGAAUAAGACGACCCGCCUGUCACGUGAUCAAAGCAUCCCUCCAAUGCUCUCGGGCUCACACGUCACAUGACCCCAAUCCGAGCCGUUUCUAUGGAGUCGUUGGGCCCACACUUUUCAAAUAAAAUUGUCACUUUAAACUUGUACAGACCGAAAAAUUGUGUAAUAUUAAAAAAAAUAAGUAAAUGUAUGCUACUGUAUAUGUGAGUGUAAAUACAUUUGCGCUUCUUGUAUUCUAAAUAAA